AUUAGCGACAGUAUAUAUUUCUUCUAGGCGCCAGGCAAUUAGGCGAGGAUCUGGUCGCAUAAUACGGGGGGACAUUCGUCCUCUCCCUCUCCCUACUCUCCUCCAUGCGAUCCUUCCUCCGCCGUCUCUUCAGCAAGAGAUUCUCAGCACCACCACCCCUCCAUUCCCACAAAAUGACUUACUCAUCUUCCACCUCAGCGCUGGUCUACGCCGCGACCGUCGCUGUGCCCUCCAUCGCUAGCACUCGCCCCGAAGACGAUAUCACAAAGUCCAAAGCAUGGCACAAUAAAUCGGGCGGCUUCAACAACCCAUGGCCCUCAUGGAAAAUGCAUUCCGUCACCACCAUCAUCGGCGGCAUGCUUAUGCGCAGAUUCUCAGGCAGAGCGAACCACCCCGACACCACUCCCCCGACCGUCCCUGUCCACACACCUACCUUUCUCCCUUCUCGCACGUCGAACUCAACGGCUCUGAGGGCAACCUGGCUCGGCCAUGCAUGCUACUACGUCGAAUUCCCGUCUGGCCUGCGUGUACUCUUCGAUCCAGUCUUUACAGACCGCUGCUCCCCCUUCAGUUGGCUCGGUCCUAAACGCUACACUGAAAUGCCCUGCAAGAUCAAGGACAUCCCUACAAUCGACGCCGUGGUCAUCUCGCACAACCACUACGACCACCUCUCACACCCAACAAUCAUGGAGAUCCUGAAGCUGCACCCCGAGUGCCACUUCUUCGUCCCGCUCGGCAAUAAGAAAUGGUUCGAGGCAUGCGGCAUCAAGAACAAGUGCACCGAGAUGGACUGGUGGGAUGAAGUCGAUUUCACACUCGCGCCCUCAGCUAGUUCAGCAGUAGCAGACAAAAUGAGCGUAACCUCAACGGACACAUCUACACCCAAGCCCACCGCAGACACGAUCACAAGCCGGAUUACCUGCCUUCCGUGUCAGCAUAUGUCUGCGCGAGGCAUCCACGACCGAUGCGCAACACUCUGGGCUUCGUGGUCUGUCUCAUCGGGCGGGAAGUCCGUCUACUUCGGCGGCGACACAGGGUAUCGCAGCGUGCCCAAAGACGCGGAUGGCAAGGACGAUUGGGCGGAAGAAUAUUCGAGUUUACCCCACUGUCCCGCUUUCAAGGACAUAGGUCGGUUACGCGGGCCAUUCGAUCUUGGUCUCAUCCCUAUCGGGGCCUACAUGCCUAGAUGGAUCAUGAGUCCUAUGCAUGCGGACCCGCGGGAUGCUGUUGAGAUCUUCAGAGACACGCAGUGCAAGAAAGCGCUAGGGAUCCAUUGGGGAACAUGGGUCUUGACGGAAGAAGAUGUACUCGAACCGCCGAGGUUGUUGAAGAAGGCGCUCGCUCAUCACUCGAUGCCUGAGACGGGCGUGUUCGACGUGUGUGAGAUUGGCGAGAGUCUCGAGUUCUAGGUUCUGGACGAGAUGCUUUGUACAUGUACUGUUCUGCACUCUUUACGCCUGGUGUUCAAUUAGAAAAUCUCCGGGAGCGUAUUUCUGUGUCUACGAGAUGGGGAACCAAAGGGUCACGGCUACCAAAGGAGUUCGACAUCGGUUCUGUAGGAGUAGGAUGCACCAAGAUGUUAUAUGCUACCUGACAUGCUACGAUGACGAUCGAUACUUUCUGGCGAUCGGUCCAUCGUUUGAGGCAGCACCUCCUUCGAUGAAGCCAGCCCAACAGUCCAGUGUAGCAGAGUUCUCAGAUA